AUGAGUCACGAAAUCCUAACCACGAUGGGCAAGAAUAGGACGUUCUUCCGAUGCAUGCCGGACAUUUUCCGUCAGCGUUAUGGGGUCCGGUAUAUAGAUCCCUCAUUGCCAGACGAGUUUAAGGAUGUUGAUAUACUUGUUAACAAUGCCGGCCUAGUCAGAGGUAUGGCUCAAGCGCCAGACAUUGAGCCGGAGGAUAUGGCUGUAAUAUUCGACACGAACGUGACUGGCCUGAUUAACAUGACGCCAGCCAUCCUGCCCAUUUUCAAGACCAGACUUGAUGGUGGGCGAGGGGACAUCACCAACAUCAACAGUAUCACCGGCCGUGAGCCAUACUAG